AUGCAGCUGCAGACGCUGGCGUACGCCAUCUCGGGCGCCUUCACGCUGCUGGCCAUCAUCCUGAGCGGGUGGCUGAUCUGGACGCACCUGCUGUACAACCCGUCGGCGGGCAUCCGCAAGCACGUGAUCCGCAUUCUGCUCAUGGUGCCGAUCUACGCGCUGACGUCCUACAUGGCGCUGGUGUUCAACGAGUCCAAGCUCCUCUUCGAGACGGUGCGCGACCUGUACGAGGCCUUCGCGCUCUACUCGUUCCACUGCUUCCUCGUCGAGUACCUGGGCGGCCAGUCGGUGCUGGCCAGCACCAUGCGCUCCAAGCCGCAGAUGACGCACGUGUUCCCCUUCUGCUGCGUGCAGCCCUGGUCCAUGGGGGGCAAGUUCCUGCGCCAGACGACCAUCGGCAUCCUGCAGUACAUCCCCAUCAAGCUGCUCAUGAGCAUCGUCAUGCUCAUCACGAGCCUCGCGGGCGUCUACGGGGAAGGAGAGCUGCUCAACCCGCUCGUGAGCUACGGCUACGUGUGCUUCAUCCUCAGCGCCUCGCAGACGUGGGCGCUCUACUGCCUGCUCAUCUUCUUCCACGGCGCGAACGAGGAGCUGCAGCCCAUGCGGCCGUGGCCCAAGUUCCUGGCCAUUAAGGCCAUCAUCUUCUUCACCUACUGGCAGUCGAUCAUGAUCAGCAUGCUCGUGAGCGUCGGCGUCAUCUCGGAGAAGUGGCACAUCGGCUGCCCGGACUGCUGGGACGCGCAGAAGAUCGCCUCGGCGCUCAACGACUUUGUGAUCUGCGUCGAGAUGCUGGGCUUCGCCGUCGCGCACCACUACGCGUUCGCGAUCGAGGACUUUUUGACCCCCACGGGCCCCGCGGGCAUCAGCGUGCCGUCGUCCAACGUCAAGGCGCCGCUGCUGGCCAACUUCAUGGACGCGAUCAACGUGACGGACGUGUCGACGGACCUCAAGAACUCGCGCAACGAGAUCCUGACCAAGAAGCAGGCGCUGGCCGCCAAGUUCGAGCGCUUCAACUCCUCGUCCCCUGGCGGCGGCAUGUUUUGAGAGGAGCGCUCGGGUCGUGUUAGCCGUUAGCAAGCGACGUGCCUAUGAGAGCGGAGAGCGAAGACGGAGGGAGGGAGCCAUACAAUAAGCACACGCCUAAUUAUUACAUU